UUUGUAUGAACUUUAUAAAUGUAUACUUCAGAGUCUCCUAGUGGUUCCUAUGAAUCAAAUAUUACUUGGUGUUUGUUAAAGCGGCAACAGAAUUGUCUCUCCUAUAAAGAACAGCGCACAAUUCUGUUGUAUGGCGUAUACCAAACAACCCACACUCGUCGGGCUACUCCUUGCAAGUUUCAACAGUCUGCUGUGAGCACGUUUUUUAUGGCUUUCAGUCCUAAUGGAGAAACCGUUGCGUCGGGCCACGGAGACCACACCGUGCGAAUUUGCGACGUCAAAUCUGGUUGCUGUCUGCAUACUCUAAAAGGCCAUCCCCGUUCUCCUUGGUGUGUUGUGUUUCACCCCUCAUAUCCACAUUUGCUUGCGUCGGGUUGCUUGAAAGGAAUCGUGAAUGUUUGGGACUUGAAAGAGAGAGAAAAUAAAUUGAUUAGUUCGCGUACUUGCUUCAGCGUUACAUCACUUGCUUUUCAUCCAACUGACAUGGUACUAUUAAUUGCUACAGGAAACCAGCUGCUGUUUUGGGCUUGGCACCAGAAUGAACCAUUUGCAAUAGCAGAAUCAGCAUCAGUACAUGAAAAAAUCAGACUUGUUAAAUUUGAUGCAUUUGGAAGUCACAUAUUAACUGGCAUACAUGACACUAGUCCUCUUGUUAGUGAUGGUGUAAGGGAUAAAGUGGAUUGUCAAGUCAGAGAGAUGUCACAGACUAUUAGAACUUCUGUUGUUCAUAUUGAAAGGCAGAAUAUGAGAGCAACUGUUAAACAUGUUAUCACAGAAGGUGUACCUAAACACAGUAGAAGGAAAACUGGCACACUAAACCAAAAUGGGCAUUUAGUUAGGUUACAGUGGUGGGAUGCUACUGAGAUUAGAAUUCCAAAUAUUAAACAAAGGAAUUUGAAUGUGAUAGUACACAACUGCAAAUUGUUUAAUGAUUUAGGAGCUGAUAUAUCAGCAGAUGGGCAAUUUUUGAGUGCCUUAGUUGUUAAAUUGGAAAACAAUACAGAAUUGUGUAUGGUAUGUGUAUUUUCCUUGCAAAAGGGUAGCAUUGGUCAUUGUUUAUACUCUACAGUAGUUGACCAUAAUUCUUUAUGUGUGAGCUUCUCACCUCUGAGUUGUCACCUUUUAGUUGGACUAGCAUGGGAAAACAGGGUGUCCUUGUUUCAAGAUGAACAAGAAAGCACAACGACUAUGCCUAUGGCAUACAUUUUUAAACUAUAUAAGAAAACUAACUUUUCAACAGAGUUACCAGCAGCUACAUUAAAAUUUAGUAUGCCUACAGAUGAGAACACAUCAAACCUAAAAGCUAAUGUGGUAGUAUGGCAUCCAGUAAUUGGUUAUGGCCUAAUUGCAUGUGGUACAAAUAGAGGAGAAGUGUAUUUUUGUCAUGUUUAAAUUCACAUUACACAUUUUUUGAAUUUCAAAAUAGUUUGGUAUUGGUUGGUAUUUUUUGGCACUUAUUAUUCACAAGUCUAACAGGCAUUCUUUUAAUAUUUCAUGAAUAAUA